AUGUCGACGACGUCGUCCAACGUCAAUGGCCUCCGCUCGGUCGUCGCCGGCGCCGUCGCAGGCUGCGUCACGCGUUCGUGCACGUCCCCGCUCGACGUGCUGAAAAUCUGGUUCCAAGUCCACUCGGGCUUCUCGCUCCCCACCGUGUGCCGCCAGCUCUACGCCCACGAAGGCGUCCGCGGCUUCUGGAAGGGCAAUCUCGCUGGGUGUUUCCGCCUCGGGCCGUACUCGGGCGUCAAGUUUUUCACGUUCGACAUGCUCCAAGCGUCGUUGUGCCGCCUCGACAAGACGCCAUCUAAUGUCGAGCACGCCAUCUGCGGCGCGAUCGCGGGCAUGAUUGCGACCAUGACCGUCUACCCGAUGGAGGUCGUCCGCACGCGCAUCAUUGUCCAACGCGCGAGCGACGGUCCGCACCGCAUUACAUCGAUUCUAAAGCAAAUCCACGCUGUCGAGGGUCUUCGCGGCCUGUACCGCGGCGGCUUGUCGGGCCUCGUGGGUUCGAUUCCGUUCGAGGGCGUCCAGUUUGCGUGCUACGAGUACUGCAAGAGCUACUUGCAUGCAUCGCGCGAGACGCUGCACACGACCGACUACCUCGGAAUCGGCAGUCUCUCGGGCGCAGUGGCCCAAACCAUCUCGUACCCGUUUGACAGCGUCAAGAAGCGUCUGCAGGCCCAGGAGCUCGGGCAGAAGCGCUACAAUGGCAUGCUCGACUGCUUCCGGAAGGUGGUCGCGGAGGAAGGGGCGAUGGCGCUCUUCCGAGGCACGCUGCCCAACAUGGUGCGCAUCGUGCCGUACUCGGCCGUCAUGUUUACGACCUACGAAGCCGCCAAAGAGUUUUUGAGCGCGCUUUGA